AAUUGAAGUCUUUAUGGAGAGAUGUAGAGAGGAUCAAUUAUACAUCCCAAAGUUUCAUAAAGCCUAGACUGAAACUAAAAUGGAUAAUACUGACACCGGUACCGAUUACUCUAGAGUCAACUCUCCGCUACUCAACAACUUCGUUGAUGGAGCCGUUGACUACAAAGGCCGUCCAGUCCUCAGAUCAAAAUCCGGUUGCUGGCGAUCCGCAUAUUUCAUCAUUGGUGUGGAAGUGGCAGAGAGAUUUGCAUACUAUGGAGUCAGUUCAAAUCUGAUCACCUACUUGACGGGACCAUUGGGCCAAUCUACAGCUACUGCAGCUGAGAAUGUCAACAUCUGGUCUGGAACGUCGUCGCUUCUUCCCCUAGUUGGAGCUUUCAUCGCGGAUGCUUAUCUCGGUCGAUACCUAACUGCUAUACUUGCUUCUCUGCUCUAUAUCCUGGCACUUGCAUUGCUGGCUUUUUCAACAUCGAUUACAUCUGACUGUACAAACUCCAUUGAUGGCUCAUCAUGUUCACCUCAGCUCCAAGUUGUCAUAUUUUUCAUUGCUUUGUAUCUAGUGGCAUUUGCCCAAUGUGGACACAAGCCAUGUGUUGAGGCAUUUGGGGCUGACCAGUUUGAUGCAGAUGAUCCAGAAGAACUCAAAUCCAAAAGCUCAUUCUUCAACUGGUGGUAUUUUGGAUUGUGUGCAGGAGCUACAGUUGGGAUCUUUGUUCUUAGUUACAUUCAAGAUAACCUUAGUUGGGGUCUUGGCUUUGGGAUUCCUUGUGUUAUGAUGGGUUUUGCCCUAAUAAUGUUCUUGUUUGGAACCGUCACUUAUCGGUUUGGCGAAAAAACCCAAGAAAAAAACGCGUUUGCGCGAAUUAGCCACGUGUUUCUUACUGCGGCUCGGAAUCGAAGGGUCACGUCUUUAGAAAUAUGUGCAGAAGAGGAAGCUUCUGGAAUAAUGCAUCAUCAAGAUUCUCAACAGUUCAGAUUUCUCAACAAAGCUUUGGUUUCCCAUGACGGGUCAAAUGAACAUGGAACCGUUUGUAGUGUUGAUGAUGUGGAAGAAGCGAAGGCGAUUCUUAGACUUAUUCCAAUAUGGGUCAGCUGUUUAGGUUAUGGAAUUGUAUUUGCUCAAACUUCCACAUUCUUCACCAAACAAGGAUCUACCAUGGACCGGUUAAUCGGCUCAAGCUUUGAGAUUCCACCUGCCACACUACAAUCUUUCACUGGUCUCUCGAUUAUGAUCCUCAUUCCCAUCUAUGACACCAUUUUAGUCCCUUUUACCCGAGCAAUUACAAAGAAGCCAUCUGGCAUAACAAUGCUUCAAAGAAUUGGAAUCGGCAUUCUUAUAUCUAUUGUUUCAAUGGGUGUUGCAGCAAUCGUCGAAACAAAAAGACUCAAAGUUGCUCGCGAAUAUGGAUUACUGGAUGAUCCAGAUGCAAUGAUCCCGAUGAAGAUAUGGUGGUUAUUACCUCAAUAUCUAUUGGUUGGAGCUGGUGAAGUGUUUACAAUUGUGGGUAUGCAAGAAUUCUUUUAUGACCAAAUGCCAAGUGAUCUAAAAAGUAUAGGCUUGGCACUUUACCUAAGUGUUUUGGGGAUUGGUAGCUUUCUGAGCGGAUUUAUAAUCUGGAUCGUUGAGAAAACGACUGGUGGAAAUGGUCAAGAUGGAUGGAUAUCUGAUAACUUGAAUCAUGGGCAUAUUGAUUAUUUAUACUACCUUCUUGCUGGAAUUAGUGCUGUAGCAUUUGUGAUGUUUGUAUAUUCUGCGAAAUCUUAUGUUUAUAAUGGAGAAAGAGGCAAGUGAUCUUGUUUAACUAUGGUGAAAUUAGUGAAGAUUUGUUGUAAAUUAAUGUUCAUAGAUGCAGCUGGAUGUAAUGGUUGCUUGAAUUACUGAAUGUACUUGGCUUUUACUACCCUUUUACUAAUAAAAGUGGAUUUCUAGUA